CUGGGAGUACUUCAUUUGACCCAAAGACGGGUUGGAGACAAAAGUUCCUUCUCUGUAAAAAAGGGGGUCACUGCCACCACCCCAGAGAUCAAACAUCAGAUUCAGCAGCUGGAGUCCGAACUCAGGAGGAAGCGAAAACAAUGUGAAAACCUUGAAUAUGAAGUGAGGAAGAAACACAGGCGAUAUGCCGAGCUUGAGAUCCAACUUCAGGAAGUAAGAAGCGAUAAUGCCCGGCUGUCUGAGGAGAACGCUUCGCUACACGGACAAGUGGAAUGGAUAGAGAAGGUUGAAUCUCAGAAUGCUGACUUGAGGCUACAGGUGGCCGUGGUGACCGAAGAACGGGAUUCUGCUCUCCAGAAAACCCAGGAACUGCAGACCAGGCUGGAGAGCAUCGGGCAAGCGCUGAAGCACAUGAGAGAUGUCGCGGAACGAAGGCAGCAUCUGGAGCUCGAACAUGAGAAAGCGCUGCAGGCCUUGCAGAAGAAACAGGAAGAAGUCAGGCAACUCCAACAGGCCCAGGCUGAAGCGCGGAAGGAGCAUGAAGGAGCUGUCCAGCUCUUAGAGGAAAGCCUGGAUUGCAUGCAGGCCCGUGUGAGGGAGUUGGAGAGCCAGUGCCAAAGCCAUACAGAGCAGUUCAACUUUCUCACUCAAGAGCUCAAGCGGUAUCGCCUGCAGACAGUGAAGAUUGGGUCCCCGCCUUCCCCUCCGCUAGCGAUGCCUGAGGUUGCCUUUGCCACCUGCUGCGCAUCUCCUCCUCAGCUCUUGGAGGACAUCAAGGAGAAAGGUCCAGAACGUGUCUCUGUGUCUCCAAGCGGCAGCCUCAAAGUUCAGGAUGAAGAAGGGGAAGGCGUCUCUCCAGCGGCCCCUCGGCACCCGAGCCUUGUGGUCCCUUCCGUGGCCAGAAGUCCAGAUAUUCACCUCCCUCCCGUGGCCUCCAAGAAAGCCAUCAAGAAGCUGGAGUCUCAGUCGAGUUCCUCGCGGUCAGAAUCCAUACCCACCACCAGCCCCAAAUCUUGUCCAACUCCCGAGGUGGACACAGCCAGCGAGAUGGAAGAGCUGGACAUUGAUAGCGUCUCACUGAUCCCAGAGCCGGAGAACCCCAGCCCAGUGAAACUUCGGGUCUUCCUCGCUCGUUACAGCUACAACCCUUUUGAUGGCCCCAAUGAGAAUCCUGAAGCUGAGCUCCCACUGACGGCCGGCGAAUAUAUUUACGUCUAUGGGGAAAUGGAUGAGGAUGGUUUCUUCGAAGGGGAGCUGAUGGAUGGCCGCAGAGGUCUGGUCCCCUCCAAUUUCGUGGAGCGCGUUUCGGACGACGACCUGGUGGCCUUCUUCCCCGGGGAGCUCAACGAUCUCUCCCAGAGCUCGCCCGUGGAGCGCAGUUUCCUCAGCACGAGCAUCAGCAGCGGUGAGAAAAGCGACUACUCUAUUGAAGAAAUCAGUGCCAGCGCCGGGCCGUCGAGGCUCGAAGGGGACCUGGGAGGGGUCUCCGCGGCAGUGCCUUACCCCAGAAAAGUGAGCCUCAUUAAACAGUUUCGCUCCAGCCUCCUGGUGGGGUGGGAGCCGCCUCUCCUCCCCGCCGGCUCCUCGGAGAUCCAGAGCUACAACGUCUACGUGGACGCGGAAAUCCAUCAGAACAUAAAGGCAGGAUCCCAGACCAAAACCGUGUUAGAAAAGUUGGACUUGAAAACAAGAGCGUAUCGCGUCUCCGUGCAGAGCAUUUCGGAGAAAGGGGCCUCGGACUGCCUCCGAUGUACGUUCCUGGUGGGGCGGGAUUUUGCCUUAGCGCCCAGCCAGCUCAAGGUCCGGAGCGUCAGCGCCACGUCGGCCAAGAUUGUUUGGGUGCCGAGCAACAGUAACUUCCCACAUGCCAUAUACCUCAAUGGGCAGCCGCGGGAUGUGGCGAAGGCUGGCGUCUACUGGUACGCCUUCCAUAACUUGAACCCCAGCACUUCCUACGUCGCCCGCGUAGAAGUACGGCCCCAGCCCGGAGGCUGGGAGUCCCCCCGAGAGCAGCUGCUGGCCGCCGAGAUCCACUUCACGACCACUUCAGCCGGGUCUCCAGAUCCUCCUCUGGACGUCCGAGUAGAGCCCGGCCCCACCCCAGGCAUUCUCGUGAUCAGCUGGCUGCCGGUCACCAUUGACGCGGAAGGAUCCUCCAAUGGGGUGCGGGUCACCGGUUACGCUGUGUACGCCGACGGACGAAAGGUAAUUGAGCUCACCUCCCCGACAGCAGGCAGUGUCUUGGUGGAGGUUUCACAGCUGCAAAUUCUGCAGGCCUGCCGGGAAGUGUCUGUAAGAACCAUCUCUCUUUACGGGGAAUCCGCAGACUCCGUGCCGGCUCAGAUCCCCUCGGUCUUGUUAGAAGGAGCCGGGGGUUCGUCGCCCGGCCUCACCUCUCGGCUUCCGUCUGCGGACAGACGGACUUUCUCCACUUUGCCCACUUCCCGGGCUUCUGGAUCGGACCUGGAUUCUGCUGCUCACCUUUUAGUCAACAAGUUCAAUUCUGAGGCUAAAGUUGGCCACGAGAAGGGACCGAACAGCCUGCUGGCGGAGAGAUCCCCAAACAAGCUGGCAUCUCAAGCUAGCGAUCCCUCGACGGACCCGAAAGCAGGUCCUCCGCCAAGAGAAGAAGCGGAUUCUCGUGUGACAUCGACCGAAGAUCCAGCCACGCUCCCGGAGGUGUUACACAAGGAACCUGGAGAAAACAGCCAGGAGCAGCUCCUCGCAGUCCGAGAACGAGAGAGGGAGAAUCCAGGCAGCCACGUCAGCAACCCGGAAAUGUGUCCGAACUGUCCUGCGGAACAAGAUUUGAGAGUGGGAUCUCCGGAGAGAAGGGCGGGCAACGAGGCAAGCCUUCAGGGUGCAGACAUGUCUUCUCCUGACAGGCUGUUCGUGGCAGGAGAGGACGGUGCCAAUGACAGGGGCCAGAACGAGAGGGGAGCCCCAGAAGCGGCGAACGGAUCCUCAGGGCGAGCGAAGCUGCUGAAGGAGAUCCCCAGGGAUGACGCGAACGGGCUGGUGACCAGGGUCAGGAGAGAGGGAGAGAAAAGGCUGGAUCCAGGAAACCGUCCUCUGAACCUCCUGGCCGAUCACAGCCGUGGGUCGGAUCUUUCCGAUAUUAUAGAGGAAGAGGAGGAAGACGAAGAGGAGGAAGAAACGAGGCCUAGUCAGUGGGCAGCCUUGAAAGGGGACCCGAGUAAAUGCCCCAGUGGAGAAAAUGGAGAAAAGCAGCAAGAGCCGGGAGAUACGGACAGCGAUGACGAGAUCUUGGAACGGAUUCUGGAAAUGCCCUUGCCGAACACUUGCAGGAAAGCCCUGUUUAGCAUCCCGGAAGUGGCAGAGGAGGAAGAAGAGGAGGAGGAAGCCAAAGCCUGGGGGAAGCCUCCCCCCAGCCAUCCGGCUUCUCCCCCUCCAGAGAAAAAAGCGGGGGACACCGACCUUGAGGAGCCCCGCGGCCCUACCAGAAGGAUGGCGCUCUCUCCUCCUGCUUCUCCUCUCAGGGAGAACAUCUACCAAAAUCUCCCGGAGAAGAUGUGGCCAGCAAGGGGUCACCCUCCGCCGUCUAGGAGAGAGGACAUGGGGAGACCCUCUCCGGCUUCCCGGGGAUGGGAACGGGACUGUAUGGAGCAGCAAACCAAGCCUGCUGGGGAAUGGAGAGGCCCCCGGCGUAGCAAGGAGAAAGUCCAGUGGACCAGGAAGCAACGGUCGGAUGCAAACCCGGAACGCAGGGCCUACCAGGCCAGAGGAGGUCUUUACAGAGUGCAGAGCUUGAAAGAGAACUUGGACAUCAUCUCCAGCCUCGGGGUCCAGCAGAUCUCUGACCUGUGCCUCGGGGCCAGGCCGAGGCCCCACCAAGCGUCUCCGAGAAGGACGAUGGUCCAGGAGCCAGGGGGCGAAGCCUUCCGAGGUGUCUCCCGCGGCCUGAGCCCCGAGAGCAUGGAGAUCAGCAUCGAAUACGACUCGGACGAUGACCUGACUGUGACCUCCACCGCGGCCAGCCAGCCGAGCUCGGACGGCCGGGCCGACGGGUCGCCCACGGACUGCGAGGAAGGCUGGAGCGACUGCUCCGGAUCCGUGCCGUCCAGCGGGCCGAGGGAGCUGAAGCGGUGCAGCAGCUGGGAGGAGGAGAGCGCGGAGUGGAGCGGGUCCCCCGUGGGCUCGCCUGGCUUGAGACGGAGAAUCGCCUCGGAGGAGCGGAGUCGGAGUCUGGAGCGAAGCCCUGCGCUCUGGAGAGCCGUGCAUGAGCGGCCGGGGCGAGAGGGGGCCCGGGCACCGUCCCUGCACACCUGGGCAGCAACGGGUGAUGGCUUUCUGGAGUCGCUGAGCUCGGCAACGUGGCGGGCCCCCACCCGAAGAGGCCGAAGGCUACGGAGAAAGAGGCGAGAAGCAGCCGCUGCGGGAGAUCGUAGUUCUGCAGGUGCUUGGCGGAGCCCUUCUCCAGAAACGAUGGACGAGGAGGACUCAUCACGGCUAUUUGUGGCCCUCUUCGACUUCGAUCCCAUCUCCAUGUCUCCCAACCCGGACGCGGCCGAAGAAGAGCUCCCGUUUCAAGAGGGCCAGGUUCUGAAGGUCUAUGGCCACAAGGACGCAGACGGCUUCUACCGAGGGGAAUGUGACGGCAGAAUCGGAUACAUCCCGUGCAACAUGGUCUCUGAGAUCCAGGUGGACAGCGAGAGGGCACGCCAGCAGCUCUUACAGGAAGGACGCCUCUCUGCUGAUCGGCUGGAGGAACAUCCAGCAGAAAACAGCACGUUUUCCUCGCCAGCACAGCGCCCCAGAGCUCGCCCUCCGAAGCCUCGGCGUUCCAAAAAAGUGGGACAGAAGAGGAAGGAGGACGCGGUUCCUAAUUUUGGGGCUGAUGACAUUUGGGAACCCAGCUCUGAAGAGGAGACCCCAAGAACCAUGGUCGCUAUUUUUGACUACAACCCUGCAGAGAGCUCUCCCAACGCAGACACCGAGGCUGAACUGACGUUUUGCGCAGGGGACCUGGUGACCAUUCUCGGUUCCAUGGACGAUGACGGUUUCUACUACGCGGAGAUUCGCGGGCAGAAGGGCCUCGUUCCGUCUAACUUCCUGGAAGCCGUGGCCUCGGAGGACGUGGGACCGCUUGACGAGUCCAGCCUUGGAAGGCAGCACGUGAGAAAGAGACGGGUCCAGUGAUACACAGGGAAAGGAAAUGAGAAAAGAGAAAAAAAAGAGAGAAAUCCCAAAACAUCUCCUGUUGAUGGAAUCCAAGCGCCUUCCUCAAAUCCCUUCUCUCAGCAGCUCAGCUCCCUCCCCGUCUGACGUCUCCAGUCCCGAAUCCAGAACUUUCCCUCC